GCUUUGGAAAAAAACAAAGAGCAUCCGUUGCGGGGUCCCUGUGCUAUCCCAGAAAUCCUAGCGCGAGGUAAACAAGAUGGCGGAUUAGAAAGUGCCACUAAGAUGAAGCGAAAUAAAACUUGAGAUAUCUGUGUCAUUGUGCGAACAGCCUACGAGCUGUGUUCUUAUCUGAACUGGUGUCACGGUACAUGAUUGCAUAAAAGAUGGGGAACACAUCAGGCAAGAAAGAUGCUCUAAAGUCAGACUCGUCCUCUACACUGGUGUUUGAGGCAGGACAGAAACCGUUUCCAAGUGAAGAAGAAUGCAAACAAGCACUAGCAGCACAUGAGAAGGCAGUAAAGCCACCCACCAAAGAAUUCAUAUUUGACGAUGACUUGGUUGAGGUUGUGCCGCCCAAAAAGAUGACAAUUCCUACUGUCAUAAGAUGGGAGAAUGGUGGUCGCAAGGUGCUUUUGUCUGGCAGUUUCAAUGACUGGAAAACAAGAAUCCCCAUGAACUAUAGUAAUAAUGAGUUCACGGCUAUCAUUGAGCUCCCGGAGGGUGAUCACGAGUACAAGUUCUGUGUGGAUGGGCGUUGGGUGCAUGACCCUAACGGGCCUACCACAAAUGAUAACUUUGGAGGGCGUAAUAAUGUGAUCUCAGUGCGUAAGACUGACAUGGAUGUUUUUGAUGCCCUGGACACAGACGCAAACUUGAGCAUAAACUCUGGAUCUAUAAAGUCAGUAUCCGGCUCACCUCCUGGGACGUACGGCCAGAUCAUACCUUCGCAUGUCACACCUGUUAUCGUGCGUGAUGGCACCAAUGCCAGUGUCCCCCCCAUUCUUCCACCUCACCUGCUCCAUGUCAUACUCAAUAAGGACAUAGUGGACCAUGAUGACCCCUCACUCUUACCAGAACCGGAUUAUGUGUCCUUGAACCACUUGUAUGCACUGUCGAUUAAGGAUGGUGUGAUGACGCUUAGUGCUACGUUUCGCUACCGGGAGAAGUUUGUCACAACAUUACUCUACAAGCCAAUAGUUCCAGACUGAUAACUUUUGUCUUAUCAGGCUAUUCUAGAACAUAAUCACCGCUCUAUAUUAAUCCCAAGCCGUCUGUAUAUAUCAAGCAGAUGAUUGCUAGUGAAAUAAUAAUAUCUUUCUGCAUUGCGUGUCAGAAGCCAGGGCCGGUUCCUGAAAGGCUGGAUAAAGCUGUCCACGGACAAAAGUUAUCUGUUGUAUAGGAUUUGUUAAGGAGUUUUCCGUUGGAUAAGCAUUUAUCUACGGAUAACUCUUAUCUGGCCUUCUAGGAACCGGCCCCAGAACGUCGCGUAGGAGACUAAACAGGCAUUGGUAUUUCAUAUUUCACACUUCCGAAGUUUUCUCGCAUUUUUUGGAUUUUUAUUUUAUUUUACAAGGUCCCUUAAAAUUCUCCAAAAAUAAGAACCCAUCCUCGACUCAUAACUAGACGUUCCUAUAAAAAGGAUUGUAAUGUGCAUGUUUUAAAAAAGAUCCCCACUUUAUAAAGCUUGUUAUAGCCUUGGUUAUACCGUGUACGCGGUUAUCACUUGAUGUAUAUUACAAAACCAUAAUUGUAAAAUUGAAUAUUAAGAAUUAAACCCAAGACCAUA